CUCACAUAUUCGAUCGAGUUGCUGCAGACCAUGCUUCGCUUUCGAUGUGAAAUUCCUCGAUCUGCCCUGCAGCUUGGGCGCCGUCUACAGUCUCGGGCACAUGCAGCAUGUCGCGGUGGCCUCUGUCCGUUUCGAGUGGUCGUCCGUCCACAGGCAUUUUGGCCAGAAUUCCUUUCUCAGCGUAACGUAGAUGUAGAGCGCCUCUCUGUGUUACAGCACCAAUGCAGGCAUGGUAUCUGCGGGCCAUGGCAUCUGUCUUGGUCUUGGAACUGAUGAUUGCAGAAGCGAGUCACGUUCACGGUCAGAGCUCCUUGGGCGUUGAUCCACAAGGCAAGCAGGUAGCCCCCAGUGCAAGUUCGCGGCAGUUCGAGCGGGUCGAGUUCGGUUUGUUAUCAGUCUCCUCCAGCAUUCAGCAGAAACUGCACGAGUACUUGCGGCCGCUUUCGGGAGCAGCAGUCGCAACAACCAUUGCCCUGCAGCUGUCGCCGUUGCCGUCCACACUGGAGAUCAGGAAAGACAAGAGCGUGAAGCGGUACGAUGGUUAUCCGUACUUCUCAGUACUGGCUGGUGCCAGCCUGUGGUGCAUCUACGGGGCGUUCUCAGCAUGGGUGCUGCACGAUAGGACGCUCUUGACGAUGGUGGCAGCCAACGGUCCAGGUGUCGUUAUGGGGCUCUUCUACAUUUGGAGCUACUUUCAGUAUGUCCCUGCUGAGGACCCGAGGCGGUUAUCACUGAUACGUUAUCUUCAGUUUGGGUGCAUUCUUCUGUGCUGCGAGUUUGCUAUGUGCUGGUUGCUUGGGCGAUCUGCUGUCUUCAUGUUGGGUCUCUUGGGAUCUGUAGGCUCUGCUCAGAUAGCGCUAUCCCCCUUCAAGACCCUACCAGAAGUUCUGCAUACUCGCUCAACAAGAUCUUGGCCAUUAGAUCUCUGUCUCUGGAACUUCAUCCAGUCAAUGGCGACAGGUGGCUUCGGCUUGGCGAACAGUGAUCCAUGGGUGUGGGUGCCAAAUGUCAUCGGAGUCCUUGCUGCCAUUGUGCAGUUGACGCUUAUUGUAAUGUAUGCGCCUGCUGGUGGAGCGGCCCAACCUUGCAAGGCCGGGCUACCUUAGGAAGCGUUGUGUAUAUGUGGCAGGUUCUGCCGAUGCGGCUGGUGGGGCUGUAGCAGUGGCGCCCGUGCGCUCAAUAUAUGCGUGCUCCGCGGUGAAUGGAUCGAGAGAAGACAGUGGCGCUGAGAAGAAACAUUCGGAGCUCGUCGGG